UCAAAGACAAACAUGUCCAGCAGCAAAUGUUCUCCUCCUGAACCAGGCGCUGACCUCAGAGUGGUUCUGGUGGGUCAGGAAAGAGUGGGGAAGAGCUCAGCGGGAAACACCAUCCUGGGAAAGAAGGAGUUUGACUGUCGGAUCAGCUCCAUCCCGCUGACUGUGAGCUCUGAAAAGAUAGAGGGAGAGUUUGAGGGCCGCAGAGUCUCUGUGGUGGACACCCCUGGACUCUGCAGCUCCCAGCUGUCUGCACAGCAGGUGGAAGCAGAGCUGAUUAAAGCCGUCCAGCUGAGCGGUCCGGGGCCUCACGUCUUCCUGCUCACGCUCCAGCUGGGGAGAGUCACCCCCCAAGAGCAGAGGGGGCUGCAGACCCUGCAGAGCAUGCUGAGUCCUGAGGUGUCCCAACACACCAUGCUGCUGUUCACCUAUGGAGACCAGCUGGAGGACAUGAUCAUGGAGCAGCUCAUCAGGGAGGAUGUCAUCCUGCAGGGGCUGCUGCAGAGCUGCAGCGGGGUGUACCAUGUGUUCAACAACAAGGAGACCAGAGACCGGACGCAGGUCCAGGAGCUGCUGCACAAGAUAGACUCCAUCUCACAGGGGGGCGCAGUCCACUAUGAGAUGGGUGCCCAGACAAGGCUCUCAAGGGUCUGGGGUCUCUUUUCUAGGGUUUAUGGAGGUAUUCGACAGGUCUAUUACUGGUUAUGUUCUUACAGGGCUGAGUGAAAAGACCAGAAGAGGUAACAGGCUGGGGAUGACAAACAAAAUUAUGAGAUGUUUUAGGUGUCUUUCAGAUCAGUACAGAUCAGAUCUGUAGAGUCUGAACAGUUAAAUUGUAAAAUCUGAC